GCUUCGGACGGCGACAGAUGUGGUGACCGCCGGCGUUAGGUUGGUUCCCGCUUUGGGUGCGCCGGAGAGCGGGUCGCCCGAGAAGCUCGGGCGGUUACAUCGAAGAAGACCGAUUGCAAGCACUCUGGCUGUGGCGAACAUGCUCCGGGCGGCAGGCGCAGCAUCUCCCCGCGUGCCUUCCACUAGAUGCAUCACCCGUCUCCUCCGCCCGACACGCAGGGUGAGCUGUGCGCGUGAACCUUCUUGUCCCCAUCCCUUUCCCUUUCACCUUCAACGUCCGCAACUCUUGUACGGGUGUAGCCCGACGGUCCACUCCCCGACUCGCGUAUACGAUGGCUGAAGGUAUGCCUGUGGCGGCCACCGGCCCGCCUCCCGGUUCGAACAGAGGCUUUGCCUUCUGGAUGGUCUUCGUCUCAAAUCUCGUCGUAGACAUGCUUUCCGCCUUGGACCUCACUGCUAUAUCCACCGCUCUGCCUACAAUCGUCGAGGACCUGCAUGGAAUUGACUUCAUCUGGGCGGGAAGCGCGUACACCAUAGCCUCCACUGCCGUCCUCCCGCUCAUCGGAAACCUUGUCUCCGCGUUCGGCCGGAAACCCGUCCUCGUCUUCUUCAUCCUCACAUUCGCAAUCGGCUCCGCUAUAUCUGGUGCGGCACAGAGCAUGAACAUGCUCAUCGCCGGCAGAGCGGUCCAGGGCCUCGGCGGCGGGGGCUGCAUCGCCAUAACCGAGAUCAUCUACGCAGACCUCGUCCCGCUCCCCGAGCGCGGGAAGUUCCAAGGCAUAACCGCCUCCGUCUGGGCGCUUGCAUGCGCGAUAGGCCCGCCCAUUGGUGGCGCGCUAGCCGAUUCGGGCGCGUGGCGGUGGCUGUUCUUCCUCAACAUACCCCUUUGCGGCAUCGCGAUCCUGCUUACAUGCAUGUUCCUGCGGGUGCAUACGCCCAAGGCUAGUCUCGCGGAGAAACUCGCGCAGAUGGAUUGGACAGGUAUUAUCGUGAUGAUUGGCAGCACGGUGUCAAUCCUGCUCGCGAUUACCUGGGGAGGCCUUCAGUUCCCCUGGACUUCGGCGCACGUACUGGUCCCGCUCAUCGUGGGAGCUCUGGGAAUCAUCGUUUUCUUCGUGCUGGAGAUGUUCUGGCUCAAGGGCCCAACGGUCCCUCGCUUCUUUUUCACGAACCGUACGACCUUCAGCGGAUAUGCAGGCACCUUCUUCCAUGGCAUCGUUGCCCUCGCCACUCUUUACUACCUCCCCGUCUACUUCCAAGCCUCCAAAGGCGCGUCCGCCGUCGGCUCAGGCGUAGACAUGUUCGCGCUCUGCCUCACCAUCCCCGCCUUCGCCAUCGCCACCGGCCUCUCCGUGCAGAUCGUCGACCGCUACCGCCCGCAGAAUUACAUCGGCUGGGCGAUCAUCCUCAUCGGCUUCGGCGUGCUCUCCACGCUCAACGAGGCCUCCUCGCGCGCCGCCUACAUCGGCUGCCAGGUGCCCUUGGGGGUCGGGCUCGGCAUCAUCUGGAUCAGCACGCAGUUCCCGAUCCUCGCCCCGCUGCCGGUGUCGAACAGCGCGCACGCGCUCGCGUUCUUCACCUUCCUCCGCUGCUUCGCGCAGAGCUGGGGCAUCGUCGUGGGCGGCACGAUCCUGCAGAACACGCUCCUGCGCGACCUCCCGCCCGACUUUACCGCGCGCUUCCCGCAGGGCGUGCAGAUUGCGUACGCGGUGAUCCCGACGAUCAACGGGCUGCAGGAGCCGCUGCGCACGCAGGUGCGCGCGGUGUUCGCGCGCGCGACGAGGUUGAUCUGGCAUGUGAUGCUGGGCGUGUCGGGCGCGGGGCUGCUGACGGUGCUGCUGAUGCGCGAGGAGAAGCUGAGGCAGGAUAUGGACGGGACGUGGGGGCUGCAGGAGGAGAAGGAGCGCGGGAGCGGGAGUGGGUCGCAGCUUGCGGCGGAGGGGCGCGAGAUGGAGUGGAAGGUGACCCCUGGGGAGACGCCGACGCUCCCGCAGAUAGUAUGAGCCGUGGCGGGGGUGUGGUAUGGGCUACGGCGGCGCGCGUCAGGACUGGCGGACGUACCGCUGCUGGGGUCGAGCGUCGCUUUUCUCGUUUGCUAGACCAUGCGCUUUGCAUGUGCCGCUUUUGAUAUUGUAUAAUAUUUCUUCGCUUUCCGC